UAAUCUAUUCCAGCUAUUUUAAAACUAUUUUUUUCUUAAAGAACACAUUUAUGCAAUUUAUAUCUAUAUCUAGAGGGAAUGCACCAAUCGUAAAAGAGAACAAAUGUUUUGCUAUUUUAAAAACAUACCGAGAUAUGUUGUAUUGCAAAAAAUUUCAUACUUAAUGAAUAUUCGUUUCUCUGUUAGUUCUACUACUCUUACACCGUUAGACGAUUUUACAUCGCAUUUAGUAAGGGAGAAGAGUGAAAAAUGGGGCCGUACAACAAGACAAAAUAAUGUAAUUCACGAGAAAGAACUGUUGGACUUACCUGGAGUUUCUAAUUCUGAGUUGAACAUUAGAGAUUUAACAACGGUUGAAAUCGAUAAUAUAUUACUAAAUACGUUAUACUUGAAAAAAUAUCCUGACUUCAAUUAUAUAUUAGAUCAAUGCCGCAAGCUUAGUAGGUUGCCUACAACGGAAAAGUUUUUAGAAGCAAUUUCGCACUGUAGUCGCAUGGGUUUAAAACAAGAAGUGACAAAAUUAGAUAAACUUUUACUUGAUUAUAAUCCACAGGAAUAUGAGAAUAAUGCUCAAUUACAGCACUAUCAUAUAGAAUUGUUGUGGAAGCGAGGAAAUAUUGAAAAUGCAACACAUUCGUUUCUUGACAUGUAUCAGAAAUUUGUACAGUUACGGCCAAAGGUACUUGAAAUGUCUCUUCAUAUGAUAUUUGUUCUUGUACCGAAUGGAAGUGAUGCCAAUUUAGUGAUGAUGACAAAGUUUGCAACAAAUUUUUAUAAAAAAUUCAAUGAACUGCAGCCGUUAUGUUUAACAUGGGAACUAUCAUUCCUUAGUGAGUGGUUUUCAGAUCAAGUUUGGUCCAAGCAAAUUUUGGAACAAUGUCCAGAAAUACUUGAUAAAGUAAAACUCAGAUUAUUGCCUAUGGCUAAUCACUCACUUCAAAAGCAUGAUGUUGAUACUGUACAAAGGAUUUUAGAAAUCAUGUUAGCAUAUAAUUUAAGGAAUUCAUAUAUAAUAUUACUUCAUUUACUAUUUGACUACAAAUGUGCCCAGAACGAUUUACGAGGAUGUACGGAGAUAAUGAACGUAGCGAUCGCCCAAGGCAUUCCGAUGCGAUCUUCGCACCAUUUGAAAUUUCUUCAUCUUUUACUAGGAAAACGAAAGCCUGAUAUAGUACCCGUUACAAAAAUACACGUGCCUAAAUAUACUUUAAAAUUCUAGUUCAUCUUUUUGUAGUUAUAGUAUUUAUGAAUAUACAAU